CGAUAUGCCUAAGGCCUGUCUCAUAGAUUCCAUAGGCACUGAGAUGCCAGCGGACUUUAAGCAAAUGUUUGACAUGGGCCUCUGCUCGUUAAGCAAUCGUCUGCUCAAGGAUGUCAUUGAUACCUAUGCCAAACUGCAUGUCAACUACGAACCGCUGCGAAUUAUAAAACCACAAUUUGAAAUACCUUUGCCGCCAUUGCAGUUGGCCACAUUUCCGCCCAUAUUUAGCGAACCGCCCGCACCGCACCCUAGAGCUUUACGAUCUGGAUGA